AGCUGCAAUAUUCCAGGGCCAGUCACUUGCCAUUUCUCAUAACAGUGUCGGAGAGAAAGAACUAACUGAAACGUUUGAGAUGAAGAAAGUUCUCCUUCUGAUCACAGCCAUCUUGGCAGUGGCUGUUGCUUUCCCAGUCUCUCAAGACCAGGAACGAGAAAAGAGAAGUAUCAGUGACAGCGAUGAAUCAUCUUCAGGGAUUUUUGUGUUCCCUUACCCAUAUCCAUUUCGCCCAUUUCCACCAGUUCCAUUUUCAAGAUAUCCAUGGUUUACACGUAGUUUUCCUAUUCCAAUAUCGGAAUCUGACCCCUACAACUCCCCUUCCUAGCGAAAAGUAAACAAGAAGGAAAAGUCACGAUGAAAUUGAAGAUGAAAUACCUGGUCACCUAAAAUUAAAUGUGAUCCACUUCCUUGAAGAAUCAAAAUUCCUGUUAAUAAAAGAAAAACAAAUGUAAUUGAAAUAGCACAUAGCAUUCCCUAGUCAAUAUCUUUAGUGAUCUUCUUUAAUAAACAUGAAAGCAAA